CGGCGAUCAGUGGUGCCUGCUGCCGGUGCUCCCUCAAAGGCUCCAUGUUUCAGUGUUUCUAGUUUACUUGCUGCUGUUUGGCGAGUUGUCCGAGGGAACAAGCCGAGUCUGCACUGUCGUGCUAUGCAUGAUGGUGUAGCCGCCUACAGACCAACAGGGGUUCUUUUUUCCCCCUCCAAGGUAGCAACAACUCCAGCACAAAAACCAGCCUAACAGCUCAGGUUGGCGGGGACAUUCAUAUGCCUCUCAUCGCAUUCAAGCCUUGACAAACCGUUAGAUUGUCGAUCUGCGUGAGGAUCUUCGAUCAUCGUCGCCCGGUUUCUAGCGGGGUGUCUCUCUGCAUUCCCCCUUCCACCCAGUCUUCGUCGUCUCCACACUCUUACUUUAGCUAUUACCGUGUUCUGCUGCAAAAUUCAUACUGUCCGUCCAGCCGAAACGUACAUUCUCUUUUUAGCACUCCCCUUGGUGUCAGACCUUUUCUAUUCAUUGGGUUUCUGUUGAUGUCGUCGUCGUCGUUGUUGCAAAGCACUGGCACCUGUCUCGAAGGCGGGAGGGUCCGCGGAUUGUGUUGGAGUGUAUUGGGGUCCCACUUACGGUACUCUGUUCAUUCCGAAGCCCCUCUUCUGUUGUCCUGCCUAAGCUCGCUGUAAGCUUCGCUUAUGGCAUUUUGAAGCCUGUAUGGUACCACCUAGUUCCUCUCUCCGGGGGCUUUGGGUUUGGUAAGCGCAUCAAAAGCUAGUUGCUUCUUUCUGACGCAGCAAAGUGCUUUGAUACUGAUCGUGUUUGCAGCGCUAGACAUCGCUGCUUACGUUAAUGUGGCAGUCUUCGUAGAGUUAUACCACUCGUCGUGUUACUGGAGAGCAGUCCAGACGGUUCACACCUAGCGAUCCCUCCGAACCACGUUGCGGCUUUGUGCAAUGUUUACAGGAAAUUGGGUGAACAAUAGAAGACUAAGGGAUAGGCUGGUAAAAAGGCUUCAAGCUAGGUUACUACUUCAAUGCGUCUUGUUGGCAUCUACUUCGAUUUAUUACCACAGCAUUGACAACCAUCGCAUGCAUUUGUUCGUUUUUCAUGGCUGAACUGGAUUUCAUAGCUCUUUCAAUGCACUGAUUAGGAAACCGAAGUGGAGAUUACAGACCGGCGUGUUUCAGUGUUGGAUUUUUAGAGCAUCAAUUGAAACCCCUGCCGCUUCCACAUCACCUGCUGAAAGGCAGCAGCUCAAGUAGUGAUUUGGGAGCAAAAUCAUGUUCUCUUGCGACAAAUUUAUCUUCGGGCUCUUGAGGGAGGCGUCCUCUGGCUAGCGAGUUUAUCCUGGAGCACUUAAACAAGAUGGUCUGGUUGAGGGGUCUAGUCUAAUCUAGAAAUCGAAAUGAACUCGGACGUAGUUUUCUAGUGACGGAAUUCGUUAGAAAUCGGGUAUGCUCUCUCUCUUCAAUCAGACUUCUCAUCAGAAACCAUGGAAAUCGAAGAGAUGGGGAGCUGGGCUGCUGACACCACGAAGAUCAUGGGCCAUCACUUUACAUUGGAAGCCGAACGGAUGCGAUCUUUCAACAAGAGCCAGAAUUCGGAAACUCCGUACAACGCUUCGGUGCAGCUUGACAAGGAUUACUCUGCGAGUCGUCAGUCCGGUUUUUCCCAGGUACGAAGCUUUUCGGCUUUGGAGACUCUGACUACAGGCGGCGAGAGAACCUCAAAUUCCGGUUCCAACACCGGCACUCCAGUUUGCGAGGCCAUCCCCUUCGAACUGCUGAGCAUGUCUCCUGAUAAGCGUCCCUGGCGCACAUACUCUGUGGAGAGCUGCAGUGGUUUCGCGCCCGAGCUCAAACUUUCCAGCGAAGAUGACACGGAACACGGCAGCUUAGACGACAAGAAGGAGUCGAAUGAGGACAUGGUCAUUUCUGGAGGCAAAGAUGGCGACAGUGUACAGUCGAAGCUGUGCUCCCGCGGGCACUGGCGGCCAGUGGAAGACCAGAAGCUGCGAGAGCUAGUGUCCCUCCAUGGGCCUCAAAACUGGAACCUGAUUGCAGAGAAACUUCAGGGUCGAUCAGGGAAAAGCUGCAGACUACGGUGGUUCAAUCAGCUUGACCCUCGCAUCAACCGGCGCCCGUUCACGGAGGAAGAGGAAGAACGUCUGCUUGCAGCGAAUCAACUCCAGGGCAAUAAGUGGGCCUUGAUCGCGCGACUCUUCCCGGGCCGCACGGAUAACGCCGUGAAGAACCAUUGGCACGUUCUAACAGCCAGAAAGAUGAGAGAACGGUCGCGAAUUAGUGGCCGCCGCAAAUCGGAGGUGCACCGCAAAAACAAAGGUAACUGCACUUACACCUCCGCACAAGGAAACCAUUACCACGGCUCCACAGAUCCUCUCACAUUAUGGAUAGAGCCCAAGUAUACAGCGACGGCGGAGUCGGCGGAAGCACCCCCUCGGUCUUCUCUCAGCGGCAGCGGCUCGCCUCUAUCCCUUCCCACCGCGUUUGCUAAACAGCAGAGCUCCGGUGGCACCUUGCAUUCAGUCGCAAACAUGGGUACUAGCUGUCUAAGCGAUGUAACCAGCUUGUCGCCGAAAUACAGAAACCUUGGAAGCGCGACUAUGGUAGCCCUGCCUUUGCUGCCGAAUCCAGUAGGAAGUGUCAUAUCAGAUCAUAGGCCAGUUCAUUUGCCAGAGGUAACUAACUCUGCGAUGAAUCAAGCGCUACUUAGUAAUUCCACGGAUGGCCAGAUUAGCUCCGGGUUCCUGAUGAGGGCUUUAGAUCCACUUGCAGAAAACUUAGCCACCCUCCCAACACAUCAACAAACAACAGAUAAUCAUUGCGUGCGUUUGGAAACGAAUGUGCCGGGGAGUCUCAAUGCGGGCGCUCGUGCACAUCGUCGCAGUCAAUCCCUUGUCUCGUUUGGCCACAAUGACAAGGUCGGGGAGUAUGAGAGUUAUCCAGGCGCCAGCCUUUGCCACUCUGACGUUCUGCACAGACAGCUUUCUAGCAGCCAGCUUAACUGCAGCGCAGCUUAUAACACUGGGAGAUAUCAAUCUGAGAAUUACUCCGGUCGAAACAAGCCACCGUUCUUGCAAGGGAAUAGAAACAAAGAUGUCGGGAGCUUGUCCACCCAAGUCCACCAGCGGCAAGAGAAGCCACACAAUGACACCGAAUCAGCUCUUAAGAUGGGACCUUGUUGGGCUGCGGCUGAUAAUACUUAUGACUUGGGUGUUGUAGGAAUGGCAAUAUCACAGCCAGAGCAGUCUGUGCCGGUUGCCUUCUUUGAUUUCCUCGGCGUGGGAGCGGCCUGAGUGCGGCAGAAAAUUUUGAGCAGACUAGUAUUAUUUUUGGUUUUCUUGUUUUUUGUUUUGUUUUGUUUUGUUUGUUUUUUGUAAAGAGGUGUUUUUAGAUUGUACACAAUCAGGUAUUCUUUUGUUUUUUUUUUUCGUUUUCUUCCUUGCCAUCACGGUAGCUCAUUAGAAUCAAGUUAUAUAUCAUUUGGCGGCCUACAGCAGGCACUUCCGAAGACACCCCAAGGAUGGGUUUCCACCAAAGCGUAGAGUGGAUGUAGUGCUUUUCAAUCAGCAAUCCGAAAUGGAAGGAGUGCUGUUGCUGACUUGGAAGGUGUCAGCAGUUCCAUUGAAGACACCAAUCCUUCGCAGCGGACUGUGUAGUCUCCAUUUUCUUGUUAGCAAAUUUGAAAAUUUCACUCAAUAGCUUCAACCCCUUCCAUCCUCCUGCUUCUAUGAUAGUUUCCCUUGCUACGGCUUACGGGACGACUCCUUUUCGUUUAAAUAAUUUCAUUAAAUUUUUUACCGCACAACCUUUUGAUUCUGUCUUCAAAUAUAUAACAAGGUUUAUGGCCCCUUUCAGGUUGUGCACCGUCACUGAACUCUCCAGCUUGUUGCUGAGGUUCCAGCGUGGGCAAUCUUAUCUCCUUUAGACUUCUAUUGUACAGAUAGGUGUUCUCUUGUAAAUUCGAUGCCACCUUGUGCCUUUGAGAAAUUUGAGAAAUCAGAUCUGAACCUUCGUGAGAGAGAGAGAGAGAGAGUGAGAAAGAGAGGAGAGAGAGAGAGAGAGAGAGAGAGCGAGAGAGAGAAAGAGAAGGAGAGAGAGAAAGAGGAGAGAGAGGGUGAACCUUGAUUAUUAAUGCAGCAUGCGCCGAAGUUGGCAAUACUUAAAGAGAGAAUGAUAAAGCUAGCAGUAGCUUGCUGGCCUAAUCAGAGUUGUCCGAUCCUGUCUCUGAGUUCGUUGAUGAAAUAAAAUGACUCUGUUCCUUGAAA